AUGUCUCGGGCUGUGCAGACAAACGGAACUCAACCAGUAAGCAAAACGUGGGAACUCAGUUUAUACGAAUCACAACGAACACCUCAGGCGGCAAUAACAGACGGCCUGCACAUUGCGGACAUUGCGGUCUCACCUAGAAGUCUACACCGCGAGUUGAUGUGCCCAAUUUGUUUGGAUAUUCUGAAGAAGACCAUGACUACAAAGGAGUGUUUGCAUCGGUUCUGUGCAGAUUGCAUUAUCACAGCCCUUAGACGCGGCAACAAGGAAUGCCCUACCUGUCGGACAAAAUUAGUUUCUAAAAGAUCACUAAGGCCAGACCCAAAUUUUGAUGCACUCAUCAGCAUAAUCUAUCCAAGUCGCGAGGAGUAUGAAGCUCAGCAAGAGAGAGUGUUAGCCAGGAUCAACAAGCACAACAGCCAGCAGGCACUCAACCUCAGCACUGAGGGAGGGCCGAAGACACAGGCCACGAGCAGAUUGCAGCGAGGCAAGAAGCCACGCGUUGAAGACGCCAGUGGAGCCGAAGAUAAUGGUGACAGGUCACGCUGUCGUAAUGCAUCCACACGUAGCCAUCGGGAAGCAGGACCUAGGAACAAACGGGCCAAAACAUCUGAGAACCCUGGGCCUGAACUCGAUAAUAACAACGCAGCAGUGGCCAGCAAUGAUCCAGCAAUGGACGGAGCUAAUGAUAUUGAACUAGUAUUCAGGCCCCACCCAACACUUGUGGAAAAGGAUGGCCGUGCGCACACCAGGUACAUAAAGACUUCGGGGAAUGCUACUGCUGCUCACUUAUCCAAGUAUCUGGCUGUGAGGUCGGCUUCGGAAGGACUUGGAAGCCAAGGAGAAUCAAACCAGAUGGAGCUGGAUUCGCCCAGUGAGAAGCACUACACCAUUUACGUAGAGACAGCCAGUGGCCAGUUCACUGUAUUAAAUGGCUCCUUUUCUUUGGAAUCGGUCAGUGAGAAGUACUGGAAGGUGAACAAACCCAUGGAACUUUAUUAUGCACCCACCAAGGAGCACAAAUAA